AAAACAAAAAGGAAACAGAGAAAAGUGAGAAAACUAUCGAACAGAACACUUCUACAGGUGAGGUAGAAAAACCCUAGGCAACAACAGCAGCAGCGCGCAGCAAGCAGCAACAAUGGCGGACUACGACCUAACGCCGAGAAUUGCGCCCCAUCUAGACCGUCAUCUGGUAUUUCCUUUGCUCGAAUUCCUUCAAGAGCGACAAUUUUACACCGAGGAACAGCUUUUGAAAGCCAAAAUCGAACUCCUUAACAACACUAAUAUGGUCGAUUACGCCAUGGAUAUCCACAAGAGCCUCUACCGCACCGAAGAUGUUCCUCAAGAUAUGGUGGACAGGAGAGUUGAAGUUGUAGCGAGAUUGAAGGCAUUGGAAGAAGGUGCUGCUCCUUUGGUUGCUUUCCUUCAGGAUGAGGAUAAAGUCCAGGAACUGCGUGCUGAUAAACAAUAUAAUCUUCAGAUGCUAAAUGGUCGCUAUCAGAUUGGUCCAGAGCAGAUUGAGGCACUGUAUCAGUAUGCCAAAUUCCAAUUUGAAUGUGGGAACUAUUCUGGUGCAGCAGAUUUUCUCUAUCAGUACCGAGCUCUCUGCACUAAUAGUGAACGAAGCCUCAGUGCCUUGUGGGGAAAACUUGCAGCUGAAAUUUUAAUGCAAAACUGGGACAUUGCACUUGAGGAACUCAACCGUUUGAAAGAGAUAAUUGAUUCUAAGGCUUUCACAUCACCUAUUAAUCAGGUGCAGAGUAGAAUAUGGCUGAUGCACUGGAGCUUAUUCAUCUUCUUCAACCAUGAUAAUGGUAGAACACAGAUAAUUGACCUUUUUAAUCAGGACAAAUAUCUCAGUGCUAUUCAAACAAAUGCUCCUCAUCUUCUGCGUUAUCUUGCAACAGCAUUCAUAGUGAAUAAGAGGAGAAGACCUCAGUUCAAAGAUUUUGUUAAGGUCAUCCAGUUGGAGCAAUGUUCAUACAAAGACCCUAUCACUGAAUUUUUGGCUUGUGUUUAUGUCAACUAUGACUUUGAUGAGGCACAAAAGAAAUUAAGAGAUUGUGAAGAUGUCAUAUUAAAUGAUCCGUUCCUUGGAAAACGAGUUGAGGAAGGCAAUUAUACAACUGUGCCCCUUAGGGAUGAGUUCCUUGAAAAUGCACGCCUAUUCAUUUGCGAAACCUAUUGCAGGAUACAUCAGCGCAUUGAUAUUGGAGUCCUCGGGGAGAAAUUGAAUUUGAGUAAUGAGGAAACUGAAAGGUGGAUUAUGACUCUCAUACGCACUUCUAAGCUAGAUGCCAAGAUCGACUCCAAGUCCGGAACCAUAGUGAUGGAACCAAACUACCCUAAUGUGUACGAGCAACUUAUAGAUCACACCAAAGCAUUGUCGGGGCGCACAUACAAACUAGUGGGCCAACUUCUCGAACAAGGACAGACACAGGCAGCGAGAUAGUUUUCGAAGUCGGAGUUGCAGUGCCGCCUGUGGGUGUUAGUCCUGUUAGUAUUUAUUCAUGAUAAUAAUAAUUGAUUAUUUCAGAUCCAGAAGUUGGUGUAGGUCUCAUAAAUUGAUUUCAUUGAUUUUCCAUGAGCAAAUAGCUGCCUGCUGUGUAAUCAGAAAUUGGAAACAAAAUGUUCAGUAAUUUUACCAAAUCUUGUCAAUUUCAGAUCCAGUUUUGAUAUCCAAACUUGCAAGUUGCAAUAUGUUGCAUACAUAAUAAUUUUAAUUUAUUUGUAACUUGGGUAUUUUUCCCCAAAACAAAGCCCAAUAAAUCUAUAUUUUCAAUA